UGAAACUACUCGAAGAAGAAGAGAAAAGACACCCACAACAAGCCAUGGAGAUUGAGGCUUGGUUCAUGGAUGGUUCCGAUGAGGACCAAAGGAAGCCUCACAAGCUGGACCCGAACCAGCCGGUGUCCCUGGCGGAGUUAGAAAAACUGGGUGUCUUCCACUGGAAAUUAGAUGCAGAUAUUUAUGAAACGGACCCGAAGUUGAAGCAGCUCCGCGAGGAGCGUGGCUACUCUUACUUUGACAUCAUCACCAUUCACAAGGACAAGCUGCCGAAUUAUGAGGAGAAGCUGAAAAUGUUCUUCGAGGAGCACCUCCACCUGGAUGAUGAGAUCCGAUACAUCCUGGACGGACGAGCUUACUUCGAUGUCCGAGACAAGGAGGACCGUUGGAUCAGGAUUUCAAUGAGCAAGGGGGACUUGAUCACUCUGCCUGCUGGCAUCUAUCACAGAUUCAGCCUUGAUGAGACGAACUACACAAAAGCAAUGAGGCUGUUUGUCGGUGAGCCAGUGUGGACAGCGUACAACCGGCCUGCAGAUGAAUUCGCAAGCCGCCAGAAAUAUCUGGCGUCCCUGCAGGUUUCAUGAGGAACUGCAGGCUGGAUUUUAAGCCCAGAAUAAGAUCAAUUUAAUUCAUGCUUUCUGGCUGUGAUGACAUUUAUCGACAACAAAUCACCAAUCACUUAAGACAAUUACCUAGACAUGGUAAAGCAUGAUCUAUCUUUUAUGUAACUGUGUUCAUUUGACUUAUUUCACUUUAUAACUGAUGAUUCCAGCCAGAGCACCUACAUCAAAACAAUAUCAAUUUAGGCUGAGUUAUGCAUUUUAUUGUACUUAGAUUUAUCCCUGUAAUCUGAAACUUUGAUUUAAAAUAAAAAUAUUUCUAAUAUGUUUCAUAACUGGCUAAAACCAUCCUACAAAAGUUAUAAUGCUGAGCAUGACUCAUGACUAGUUCCCUCAGGCAGAUUGCCAAGUCAUUUUAUGGAGCCUUAAUAAAAAUAAAAUAAAAAGUAAUGUAUGUCACUCGCUGAGAUAGCUGGAAAUUCAAUGAAAUAUGAGUUUCUGCCUGAGAGACAGUUAUGACUAUUAUUAUUGUCUUUCGACUAACCUAAAAUGUACUAAUAAAAUUGCCCCCGAAGAAACCUAUAUAUAGUACAUUGGAUUCUGUCUAGACAAAUAGUUAAUAAUACUGUUUACAUUUUGGCUUCUUUUGGGGACAAGUAGCAGAGCAAAGAUGACUUGCAUCAACAUCUGCAAUGGAAAAGACAACUUUGAAAUUACUGUAGGAAGUAAACUAUAGCUGAAAAAUAUAGCUGGUGUUCAAGCAGGCGGAGAGAAGAUGAUAAAUAUGAACCAAUAUCAAGUGAAGAACUGAAGAGAGAAGCACAACACAGUCCUGAGAUAGUAUUGUAGAAAUGUCUUUAAUUCAUCAAUAAAUACAACAGAGAACAGCAAAAGUUAAAGAGCCAACACGACAGAUAAAAUAUAUCAAGAUUUGAUUUCAAAUAAAAAUGACAGAAUUUAAUAUGUACAUUUUGCGAACGAUCAUGUGAACAUAGCAAUGAACCUUUGAAAUCAAGUGGUUCUGGAAGUGGGAGGCUAAUAACCCUCGAUACCAUAAUCAUAAUGCCCAUUAAAAGUCUUCAACGAUCAGCUGGAAUGUUUUUUCAUCCAUAACUCUUCAGGUCAGAAAGAGCUGAUGUCUGUCUUUGGGUUACUUGGCCAAACUAUUCAAAUCAUGGUUAAAAUAUAGAACUCAGUGUUUCACUCAUGCGAUCUGGAAAGUUGUCAAAGCAGCUUUCGCCUGAAGCAGAGAAAUGAAGUGUGUAUUCUAAUGCCAAAAUAUCCCUAAAGUUUUGUGACAACU